AUGCCUACUCCAACAAGUGCAAUUAAGGUUGUCUUUGGUUCAAUGACCAUCGGUAGACCAGGUGAUGGAAUCCGUGUCACAACCGUUGAAGGUGCCCAAAAAAUCUUUGAUGUAUUUCAAGCACAUGGCCAUUCAGAAGUCGACUCUGCCCGUGCCUAUGGCGGCGGUUCCACAGAAGAAAGACUCGCAGAAAUAGAUUGGCAAUCACGUGGUCUGAUCAUGCAAACCAAGCUCUAUCCCACCAAGGGAGCAAUGUCAUGGCUCACAAAAGAUACAUACUCUCUCUCUGCUGCCGAUGUCCGUCGUGGUUUCGAAGACAGUAUGAAAGCUCUGAACACAGAUCGUAUAGAGAUGUUCUAUCUCCACGGUCCCGACCGCAGCACCCCCCUCGAAGAUACCCUUAGUGAAGUCAACAAACUCCACCAAGAAGGAAGAUUCGAGCGUUUCGGAAUUUCCAAUUUCACUUCCUGGGAAGUAGCUCGAAUCUGCGACAUUGCUGAGAAGAAUGGCUGGGUAAAGCCAUCCGUCUACCAGGGGCUUUACAACGCCUUCAACCGUUCCGUAGAAGCAGAACUUAUCCCCUGUCUCCGCUUUUACAACAUGUCUCUCUACGCAUUCCAGCCACUAGCCGGUGGUUUCCUCACCUCUAAAUACCAUCGUAACCAAACCGAAUACGAAGCCGGUUCCCGCUUCGAUCCUAACAAACCACAAGGAAAAUUACAUCACGGUCGUUACAUAAAUGAUCGAAAUCUCUACGCAUUGGAAGACAUUCUUCGACCAGUGAUUAAGAAACAUGGACUUACCGAGGCGGAAUGCGGAUUGAGGUGGAUGGCGCACCAUUCUUCUAUGAAGAAAGAAUUGAAUGAUGCGGUGAUUGUAGGAGCUAGUAGUGCCGAGCAGUUGGAGCAAAAUUUGAAGGAUUUGGAGAAGGGAGAAUUGCCGGAUGAGGUAGUAGAGGCGUUGGAGAAGUGCUGGAAACACAUCUCCGGAGUUUACAAGUAUUUUCAUUAG